GAUAUUGCCAACGGAUUGAAACAUUUACACGAUAAAAGCAUUAUUCAUCGAGAUUCAGUAAGUUUAAAACGGGAAAAAUCUAUCGAAAAUACACCGCCACGUUAUGCCAAUCUUUAUAAGAACUGCUGGUCUUCUGAUCCAGAUCUGCGUCCAGAAUUGAAUGCUAUUUUAAUUGAACUCGAAAAACUAUCAACAGAAACUAUUGAAUUCAUUACAAAUCCCACCAAUAACACAUGUUAUCUGACGAUUCGCGUCGAUCCUAAAGAGCCUUCAAAGCAAAACCCUUUGGAACAGCCAUCCUAUCGACAAGAGAAUGUUGAAUUACUGAAUGGAAAUUUAGUGAUAGAUUGUCCUGUACCAGAAAAUAUGUUAAGAAAUGUUUCUCAUAAAGUCUCUAAGGAAUCCACACAUUUGAGAUAUACAGCCUGCACAAGCAAACCAGAAGCUUUUAAGGAAAAAAAAUUUACAUUACGCCAAAUAGAAUAUAAAAGAGAGAUUGAACUGUUUAUCAUGAUAAAUAUGCAUGAUGAUAACGAAAUUCUAUUAUCACAUACUCUUAACGGAAUAAUGGAAAAUAUUGUUUACCUUUGUUCUCUCAAAGAUUCUCCAACAUGGAUCGUCGUAUGCAUAAUUUCUGAUAGUCGUAGUGAACCUGUUUUGGCAUAUUUUACUGCUCUUGGUGUCUAUCAAGAUAAUAUUGCAAAAGCCAAAGUCAAUAAAAAAGCUGUUGAAGCACAUAUAUAUGAAUAUACAACCCCUAUUUCAAUUAAACAAUUUAAAAAUUCUGCUGAAAUGAUGAUAGAAGAGGGAAACGUUCCAGUCCAAAUGCUUUUUUGUCUUAUUGAACAGAGCAAAAAGGCUGUCGAUUCUUCUCAAUGGUUUUUUAGUGCCUUUUGUCCAAUCAUUGUUCCCAAAAUAUGUGUUCUUAUUGAUACUGAUGUUAAACCAGGUUAG